AGUGACUCUCUGAAAUCUGAAAUCUGCCAGACAUUGCUUCCAUUCAGUUACAAUUUACUAAAUAAUAACUUGGACUAAACUCACUUGUUUAGAUCAAAACAUUAAAUCAGAAUCCACAUCUGUAAAUAAAUUAUGUUGAAUUUAAAUGAUUAAGCAGAUGAAAAGCUUUCUGCUCCUCUGCUGCCACCUGCUGGUCAGGAGCGACAGCGUCAUUUAUAGCCAACUGAGGCUCUGCUCUGCUCUCUGAAGGUCCUCCCACUGAAAUCAGUCUGAGUCUGGACUUUGACUAUGCCAGUGCAUAAAGACAAGACUGUUUGAAGUUAUGAAAAAUAUGAUAGAAAUGGAAAAAUGCUGAAUGUAUUUUAACCAGAAACUUUUCAGCUUUUAAACCUGCAGCUUCCCAUUAAUAUAAAAGUUUUACAAUCGUAGAUGAGGUAAAAUGUUUAAUCCAAUAACUCCAUAAACAGUUCAACUUAUUCAACCAAACAAUAAAGAAGCAUCAGACUAUCAUCUCCACCUAUUUACCUGGAAUCAUUAAUUAUAACUUUUAUUCAUGUUUUGAACUUGACCGUUUUUAACCUGAUGUCGUCUCAUUUAAAGCCUUUUUUCAAAUGUAUGUGAUUACGUCAAGAUACUAAAAGCAGACAGCAGUCAUCAACUCUGCAGCUGCUCUGCCCCUGAGAAAGCACGGGGCGACAGUGGACAACGCUAGUGACUGCAGCAGCGUUUCUCGCUUAAACAUUAGAAAGAAAGUUGACCCUGUGUCAUUAAUUUUUAGUAAUAAUAAGUGGAGGACCCAAAAAACUCAAGUAAAUGUAAGUCGUUACUCUUCACCUCUGGUAAUAAUAAACUCCCGGACCGGAUCACGCCGUUUCUGAUUGCCGGUACUCGCAUCGCGCUUUAUCAGGUUCAGAAGACCCAAAGCGCAUCACAUUCACACGCUGAUAACUAUAGAAACUGAAGCGCUUCGAAGAUUUAAACCGAAAACCCCCUGAAAACUCAGUGAAAAGAAUAAUUUCAGGUUUAAAAUGUAGUGAAACAGGAGAAGCUGCAAGUCAAGAGACUAAAUCAGAUCCAUCAAAUCUCCAGGAUAGACGGAGGCUUCGUCACGAUCCGUUGGGUUGGGAAUGGAAAACAGAAGCAAGUCAGAAGAACUGGGAAGUUCCCAACGGGAAGCAGAUGAUGUGAUCCUCUAGAUCAGCAUCUUGCUGUAAGCAGCAAACAUGUCGCCAUUUUUCACUAAUCCCUCUUGAUUUUAGUCUCGAAUUUAAACUCGACUUCCUGGAUUAGAGGCAAAGGGCUGCAGAGAAGAACUGGACCGGAUCACAGGAGGCUCUGGAGAGUUGUGAUGGACCUGAAUAACCCAGACUGACUGGAUAUCUGACUGGCUGACUCUUCCUCUGUUUCUCAGCCUGGAAGUCUCUGUUGCCUAGCAACCGCUCCAGACGGAUGGAGGCAGCUACGGUUUCCAGCAGUGACGAACACCGAGCAGCUCUGAACCGGGUCUCGGGUCUCGUUCUCCCGUCUGCUGCGAACGGAAGGCUCUCCUGCACAGAUUCAUCAGACCUCAGCUGAUCGGGAAGCUUGGAGGAAGAGGAGGGACAAGAGGAAGAGGAGUUCCUGGCAGGAAACAGUUAAACGUUGCGUCUUGCGGCUCCGCUCUGUAUUCCCGUCAUGAGCGGCGAGGGUUGGAAGCAUCGAGUGACGUCAGUCGGCAUUGCAGGCGAAGCGGACACUGAGGGGGAAAUAUAGGACACCGAGGAAGAGGAGGAAGAGGACUGCAGUAAUCCAGAGAGAAGCAGAAAGCAGCAGCUCUUCAUCAGUUUUCUCAAGGCCCCUGCAGGAUGAAGAAGGUACUGCGUCUCUCUCAGUCGUGACCUGACCCCUGACCCCCCCACCGACACUCUGCGCCGUCAGAAGCAGCUCCUCCUGCAUCGGUCGCAUCAUGGACGGCUUCCGGCUGCCGCCCGUCAUCGAGGAGGUGCUGGACCCCUCUGAUGAGCUGUGUGAGCUGAAGGAGGACAAACCCGGCAUGCUGGCCGAUACCCUGACAGCCAAGGAGAGGGAGUCCAUGGAGGAGAAGGAGGAGCCUGAGGGAGACGGAGAGAAGGGCCAGCAGGAGGAAGAGAUGGAAGUGAAGGAGAGGGAGUCUGAAGAAGAUGAUCAGGGAGAGGAGGAGGAUUUGGAGGAGCUUAGAGCUCAGGUGCUGCAACUUCUCCUGGAGCUGGAUGAGACUCGAGAGGUUUCUCAGCGACACGAGGAGAGCUUCAUGGAGCUGCAAGGUCUGCUAGAUGAGGAGCGGCUGGCGAGCGCCCAUCAGGCGGAAAGCUUCACCCGGCAGAUCCAGAGGCUGCAAGCUCAGCUUCGGUCGGCGCAGGAGGAGAUGAGCAGCCUGGAGGAGGAGAAGGAGAGCGAGCUGGUGGAGGUCCAGCAGGAGCUGCGCUCGGCUCAGGAGGAAGUUCUGGUGCUGCAGCAGGCGGCCGAGGAGGCGGCGGCAGAGAGGGAGAACGACAUCGCCUCCCUGCAGGAGGAGCUGUGCCGCCUGCGGGUGGAGCUGCAGCGCCUGCACGCCACGGCGGCCGAGUACGAGCUGGAGGUCACCUCGCUGAGCAUGAAGAGCCGCCGCACGGCCCAGUCAGGUGAUGUGACUCAGCUGCAGGAAGAGGUCAUUUCUCUGACCGAUGAGCGUCAGACUCUGAGCAGCAACAACAGGGAGUUGAGCAACAAGUUGGAGCAACUGCUGCAGCAACGAGACAUGUGUGGUGACUCGUACCUGGAAGUCAGAGCCGAGGGCCAAACUGAGGAGGAGGUUCAGCUAAAGGCAGAUUCCUACAUCACUCUGUCCCAGUCCAAACCGCAGAAUCUGGACUCGUCAGCGGUCCAGGAUGAAAUCAGGACCCUGAAGGUCCAGCUGAGAAUGGCAGAAGAGUUGGCUCUCAAGGUCCAGCUGGAGUGUGAAGGUCUGAAGAAGGAGCUGGAGGAGCUGCAGCAGCUGCACGAAGGCAGCCAGCGGGAGCGAGCAGCUCUCCAGCUACAGCUGCAGAGCUGCAAGGCGGAGCUGCAGGAGCUGCUGGGACGAAAGUUGCAGAACUGCACCCGUCCUUCAGAGCCCCCCGUCCUCUCCAUCCCGUUCAUAGGAUUGAUUGUUAUAGUGGCGUUGAUUUGGUGCUGGUGGGAGGAGCUGGCGUCCUAAGGGACCAGAAAAGCGACUCUGAAGGCUGGAACAUGGCGGUGGCGGCGGUCGCGGUGGCGGCCAUUUUGGUUCUGGUUGUCCCCAGAUUUACCAGGGCCUGAGGACUAACAGGAAGUGACCUCACGGCAUGCUGUGGGAACCUGUUGGCUUGCUCUCAUCCAUCCAUGAUGUCUCCAUGAUGCAACUCUGCACAGACGUCAGAGUGGAGGAAAGACUGGUUGUUGUUCCUGGAGGUCAGCGGGUCAUUCAGCUCUGGGCUUUGCAGAUCCACCUCUAUGAUCCAUUUUUAUUCCACAGCUAGCAUUAGAGCAACGUGUUGGAUGUGUGAACUGAUAGAACUCCUACAGAAAAAUAUCAUGAUGUUAAAACGGGUACCCCGCCUCUCGCCUGGAACGUAGCUGGAGAUAGGC